AAACAGCUGUGAGAGGCGAAGACCAAAAUCGACUUUAGAAAGGCCAAAUAUUAAAAUUCAUCCAAUUGAAAAAUAAUAAUAAUGAAAGAAAAUCUACCCAAUUCCAAUUCAAAUCAAUUUCUCCAUAACUAAAAAUUAUUUCUUCUCUGUUUGUUAGAUGUUGAUUCUCUCAGCCUUUCAAUGAUGAACACAAAAAGAUUGAGUUCCCUAAUUGGACUCAUCAAAGACAAAGCCUCUCAAAGCAAAGCCGCCCUUCUCGCAAAGCCAAACAUACUGUCCUUUCAACUCGCUCUCCUCCGAGCCACCACUCACGACCCCCACGCGCCACCAAGCGACAAGCACCUCUCUGCCCUGCUCUCUCUUGGCAAAACCUCACGCGCCACCGCCGCUGCUGCCGUUGAAGUCUUAAUGGACCGCCUCCAAACCACCCAUAACUCCGCCGUCGCUCUCAAGUGCCUUAUCGCCGUCCAUCACAUCUUCAAGAACGGGGGCUUUAUUCUUCAAGAUCAGCUCUCUGUUUUUCCCUUCACCGGUGGUAGAAACUACCUCAAACUCUCUGAUUUCCGGGACAGUUCCAAUCCCAUUUCUUGGGAGCUUUCCUCUUGGGUUCGAUGGUACGCUCAGUACAUCGAAACUGUUUUGUCUAUUUCCCGGAAUUUGGGGUUUAUUGUCGGUUCUUCAAGCUCCAACGAAGAAAUGGAGAGAAAAACAGAACAGAUUUCGGGGAUUUGGAACUCCGAAUUGCUUAAAGACACCGAAUCUUUGGUGGGUUUAAUCGAAGAAAUUUCGAAAAUGCCUCCCUGUCUGCAUCUAAAUAGAAACAGAUUGGUGGAUAAGAUCUACGGCUUUGUCGGUGAUGAUUACUUGGCGGCCAUGAAGGAUAUUUCAAUCCGAGUUACUGAGUUUCACCACCGGCUGGGUUGCCUCAGUUUCGGCGAAUCGGUCGAGUUGGUUUGCGCGUUGAAACGGCUUGACGAUUGCAAAGAAAAGCAAUCUAUGGGAAUUUUUGCAAGGUACGAAGUUUUGAUGGAUGGAUUUUGGAGUUCCAUCCGAGAGACCAAGAAUUUGAUUGGGGCAUCCAAGGAAAAUCGAGAUGGCUGUAAAUUGAGUCAGAUGGAGAGGAGGAUCAGUGACUCGGGCCGAUUUAUAGAGCGGUCUAAUGCUAGUUCUUAUUGCGACGUUCUUCCGUUCAGGUCGGAACGGUUCGGUUUAACGUACAAGGGUUUCCAGUAAUACCUAUAAUUGAAUCGUACUUUCUACCAGAAUGUUGAAAAAUCAGGUAUGUAGCAUCGAUUUAACUUUCAUCAUAGGAUAUAUAGCCUCAAUUUAACUUUCAUUUUGAUAUAUGACAAAACAUAGUAUUCUUGGGAUUUUUAGCAAAAUUCAUACUUGUCACAUGGACCAUACGUUUUGAAGUACUAAGAUGUCAUCAUUAUUACUUAAAAGUGUAAUUAUUUCGAUAUUUACCUUUGAAAUUGUAUAAUUAAUUAUUUGGAUAUCUGUCAUGUUGUCAUUCUAUUUAUGCUCUUAUGAAAUUGUAAUUAAUUUUUAAUUUUUAUAAUAGCUUCUCUCCUAUUGUAACUU